AUGAUGGUUCUGCGUCUGUUAUUUUCGCUCCAGCAAGCGUCUUACGUUGUGCACCCCACCACCCAGCUGCUCUCCAAGGCACCAUGUCCGCUAUUUUCGUCGUCAACGUGCACUACACACUCCCGAGUAGAAUCUGCGAAUCCCGCCACACAUGCUUCGCCCGUACGUACUCUCGAUGCCACCGUCGUGCCAGCGCCGCGCCACGCCUCCCUCCCCCUUAUCAAGCUCUCGCCUACCGCAUUACAGCACUCAUCACUUCCUUCCAGUCCGCAGCAGCAGCCUCCUGACCGCCUACACCAUCACACACCUCCGAUGACAGCGGCGUUGGCACACCCGCCAGCGCAAACGUCUGGCGCCCUCCAUGUCGCCGUGCAUUCGUCUGAGAUCUAUGCUCGCCGACGCUCCCCUCACAUGCCUUCCCACGUCUACAAGAACGCACUAGCCACCUCAGCGAGGCCACAUCCCCAUUUCCCGUCUGACGCGCUACGCUCAAACGCCCACUAUCGUCCGUCCUCCCCCGCAGCGCCCUCCUGCUAUCGCCGCCCACAGCGCAUAUUCACCAUGCCGCAUUCACGUCAUGCGGGCAACGUUCCGCUUGGGUCUAUCAUGAUGCCCCCUCGGGGGCGCCCCUCCGCCCUCACCAACAAACCCACCGCGGCGCACGUCUCGCCCGCCAGCGUGGUGUGCGCACGCGCGUGGAGGCCGCUGCUCUCAACAGAGGCUCGGUCCGCGCUCGCGCUCGCGCUCAGACCCCAGAGCCGGUUCUCGAGCCGGGACUGA